UUGCCAUGUACACCUUCUUAGAGGAGUUGACCGGCUCCACAGCUGGCUCAGAUGAAGAGAAAGCUUUGGCUUGUCAAGCAGCAGAACAUCAGUAUGCUGGUAUGCCAUGUGGUAUAAUGGACCAGUUCAUUAGUGUAAUGGGAGAGGAGGGAAGUGCUGUAUUGAUUGAUUGCAAAACAAUGGAAACCAGGAAGGUUGAGUUAAAGGACCCCAGUAUAGCUGUGCUAAUUACAAAUAGUAAUGUUAAACAUCAGCUCACUGGAUCAGAAUAUCCGAGCAGGUAGCUCAGAGGAAAACAGUUAAAAACUGUGCUACUGACUCAGAAAGUGUCACUGAAUCAGAUUUGAGCCAAUUAACACAUAUGAACUAAACUCCCCUGACACAUUUUUAAACGAAAGUUUAGUAAAGGUGCACUCUUUUUGUUCUAACCCUUCGUUGAUGACUUAUAGUUGCAUUUUUCUUUUUU